AUGCAAGCAGUCACCUCAUCACUCAGGAGGACCGCCAUCAGAUUCAGACCUCAUAUACCAUCUACCAAACUGACCCAACAUCAACAUAUCCGCACCCUCACCACCACCACCACCACCACCACCACCACCACCACCACCACCACUACCACAACCCCAGUCACAGCCAAAAUGACAACUGGCACCUUCCGCUACGCCGAUCCUCUCACCAUAAACCGCUCCACUACCCCCUUCCUCAAGUCCUGGUCAAAAGUAGACGUCGACUACUCCUCCUUCUCACGGGUCUCCAUCCCAAAAUUUGUUCACGAUCUACGCUCCGCCCUUCAAUCCUCCCCAACAGAUUUCGGAGUCGACAUCUCCGGCUUUGCUUUAUACCAACACCCUGCCACCGAGAAAUCAUUCACCGACGAAUCAGCCAUUCGGACAGGGUACUACGCCGAGGUAGAAGCUUUACUUCGGCAAAAAUUACCGGGCAUCAAAAGGGUUGAGAUCUUCGACCAUACUAUUCGUCGAAACAACGAUUCGGCGGCACGAAAGCCCGUGCAACAGGUACACGUCGAUCAGACCCCCGCGGCAGCCGCCGCUAGGGUGCGCAGACAUGUAUCCCCGCCGGAAGAAGCGGACAAGUUGUUGAAGGGCCGGUACCAGAUCAUCAACGUGUGGCGCCCCAUCUCGCAUCCGGCGACGGAUUUUCCGCUGGCGUUUAUUGAUUGGCGAUCGACAAACCCGGGGGAUCUGGUGCCGAUUGACCUGCUUUAUCCCAAGCGACGGCCCGAGGAGGACGAUGGUGACGAUCGCGGGAAGGAGAUUUUCCCGCCCGAGGAGACGUGGCCCAGCACCGAGGGGUAUGAAGUCAAGGGCGAGACGUACGGGGUUGUGCCGAGUGAGGGACAUAAGUUUUAUUAUGUCAAGGAUAUGAAGCCCGAGGAGGUAGUGCUGAUUAAGUGCUUUGAUAGUUGGGGUGAGGGACUGGAGGAGCCGUGGGGGAGGGGAAAGAAGGGCGUGGCGGGGUGGACGCCGCAUACGGCUUUUGUGGAUCCGGCGACGCCGGAGGGAACGCCAGGACGGGAGAGCAUUGAGGUUAGGUGUUUGGUGUUUUAUGAGGACGAGGAGUAA